AUGGCUCGAGUGUUUUGCAUGUGGUUUGCUCUCUUCUCCUUAUACGCUGGUUGCGUCAGUGGCAUCUUGCGGGUGAUGACGUUCAAUAUUUGGUUGUCUGGAGCUUCAGUGCACAAUGGUCUUCAGAAGAUUGCCAAACAUAUUCUUCUAGUGAAUCCAGACAUUGUAGCACUCCAGGAAGUGGAGAAUGAACACGUCAUUGGUAAUCUCACUCAAAUGCUUGGCGAGCAAUGGACUGGUGUGCAACAUAGGAAUCGAACUCCACCAGACACCGCAAUCCUGACUAGGCACGAGUUUCAUCCACAUUCCUACACUGAUACUAGUACCGGUAUAGGAAUACGAAUUGUCGUCGAUUCAUUGAUUUUUGUCAAUUUUUGGUCGGUGCAUCUGGACUAUCUCUCAUAUGGACCGUAUGCAGCAUACAACAAGAUGGUUACAUCAAUUGAUCAAAUACUUGCAGGAGAGAGGCCUAGUCACUAUUUAGGGAGAGAGCAGAACGUAGAAGAGCUGAGAAACAAUUCAAGGAUGACAGCUUGGAGAAGGAAAUCCGAUAUAGUACCUGUGAUUGUCGGAGGAGAUUUCAAUUCACCAUCACAUCUUGACUGGACCGACAAAACGAGGGACUUACAUGGCGGAUGGGAAGUAGAAUGGCCAGCAACGAAGAUCAUGCAAGAAAUGAAUUUUACUGAUUCGUUUAGAGAGCUCUAUCCGGAUUCUGAUUUGGAACCAGGGCACACUUGGUCAACUGUUAAUAAAUACAAUCCGGAGUGGGACUUCACUAUUCCUGAACCACAAGAUCGCAUCGAUUUCAUCUUUUAUCAAGGAAAAAUCACACCUGUUCGAUCGUACCUUUACUCUGGCAGUGAGCCUUUGAAGCCCAUUCCUCAUCACAAGGACAAUGACUAUCCAUCAGAUCACUACGCUCUUAUUACAGAGUUCGAUAUUGACGAGCUACUGUGA